UAUUGUUGCUUUUUACAAUGGUUUCGUCUCAGGUUAGCAGGGAAAGUGGCAAUUAUAACAGGAGGGGCAAGCGGCAUUGGCGCAAGCACAGCAUGCCUUUUCCACGAGAACGGUGCCAAGGUGGUCAUCGCUGAUAUCCAGGAUAACAAAGGAGAAGCCCUUGCCAAAAAGCUGGGCGAAAGUGCUUGCUACAUUCACUGUGAUGUGACGAACGAAGAUGAUAUCCGCAACCUUACGGACACCGCCAUCAGCAAGCACGGCAAACUCGACAUAAUGCAUAACAAUGCAGGCAUCCUGGACCGUACCUUGAGCACCAUUUUGGAUAUCACAAAGUCAGAAAUAGACCAAGUUAUUGGGGUAAACCUUGUGGGUGCUCUCCUAGGAGCCAAACAUGCAGCCAGGGUGAUGUCGCCUCAGCGCAAAGGAUGCAUACUUUUUACUGCUAGUGCUUGUACUGCGAUCGCGGGGCUGCCAUCAGGCAAUGCCUAUGCAGUGUCGAAACAUGGAGUUUUGGGACUGACUAAGAACUUAGCAGCAGAGCUUGGGCAUUAUGGGAUAAGAGUGAACUGUAUAUCGCCAUAUGGAGUUGCCACUCCAAUGAUUGCACCAAAUGAAACAGAGAUGAGAAACAUGGAACAAUCGCUAACAGCAAUGGGAAAUCUGAAAGGGGAAAUUCUGAAGCCAGAGGGAUUGGCUUAUGCAGCGUUAUACCUGGCUAGUGAUGAAGCGAAUUAUGUGAGUGGGGUCAACCUUGUUUUGGAUGGAGGUUUCAGCAUUGUCAAUCCUACCAUUAUGAAGGCUUUUAACCUUAUUCAUUAAAUUUUUCUU